CCCUGGGGGCGGAGCUAAUUCCGGCUCGCGUCCUCGGCGCUCUGGCCCACAAAGACGCUACUCUAUCGUACCGCGGGUUCCCUCUGCUUGCCCACUGGAGGACCACACUCGUUUUCUUUUUGGCUGCGAGAGGUCCCGCAGCUGUGGCUGAGCUGGAAGAAAGAUGGCGGCGGGCGUGCGACAGGAUUUGGCUCAGCUCAUGAAUUCGAGCGGCUCUCAUAAAGAUCUGGCGGGCAAAUAUCGUCAGAUCCUGGAAAAAGCCAUUCAGUUAUCCGGGGCAGAACAACUAGAAGCAUUGAAAGCUUUUGUGGAAGCAAUGGUAAAUGAGAAUGUCAGUCUUGUGAUCUCACGACAGUUGCUGACUGAUUUCUGUACACACCUCCCUAAUCUGCCUGAUAGCACAGCCAAAGAAAUCUACCAUUUCACCUUGGAAAAGAUCCAGCCUAGAGUCAUUUCAUUUGAGGAGCAGGUUGCUUCCAUAAGACAGCAUCUUGCAUCCAUUUAUGAGAAAGAAGAAGAUUGGAGAAAUGCAGCCCAAGUGUUGGUGGGAAUUCCUUUGGAAACAGGACAAAAACAGUACAAUGUAGAUUAUAAACUGGAGACUUACCUGAAGAUUGCUAGGCUAUAUCUGGAGGAUGAUGAUCCUGUCCAGGCAGAGGCUUACAUAAAUCGAGCAUCCUUGCUUCAGAAUGAAUCAACCAAUGAACAAUUACAAAUACAUUAUAAGGUAUGCUAUGCACGUGUUCUUGAUUAUAGAAGAAAAUUCAUUGAAGCUGCACAAAGGUACAAUGAACUCUCUUACAAGACAAUAGUCCAUGAAAGUGAAAGACUAGAGGCCUUAAAACAUGCUUUGCACUGUACCAUCUUAGCAUCAGCAGGACAGCAGCGUUCUCGGAUGCUGGCUACUCUCUUUAAAGAUGAAAGGUGCCAGCAGCUUGCUGCAUACGGGAUCCUAGAGAAAAUGUACCUAGAUAGAAUCAUCAGAGGAAAUCAGCUUCAAGAAUUUGCUGCAAUGUUGAUGCCGCACCAAAAAGCAACUACAGCUGACGGUUCCAGCAUCUUGGACAGAGCUGUUAUUGAACAUAACUUGUUGUCAGCAAGCAAAUUAUAUAAUAACAUUACCUUUGAAGAACUUGGAGCUCUCUUAGAGAUCCCUGCAGCAAAGGCAGAAAAGAUAGCAUCUCAAAUGAUAACAGAAGGACGUAUGAAUGGAUUUAUUGACCAAAUUGAUGGAAUAGUGCAUUUUGAAACCCGAGAAGCUCUGCCAACAUGGGACAAGCAGAUCCAAUCACUUUGUUUCCAAGUGAAUAACCUUCUGGAAAAAAUUAGUCAGACAGCCCCUGAAUGGACAGCACAAGCCAUGGAAGCCCAAAUGGCUCAGUGAGUCCUUGCAGAACUGUGUGCACACUGCAUCAUUGCUGUUUUGUGCAGAUUGAUUUUACUGUCCCUCCAAAGCAUUUGUGUCAUGACCUUACCCAUUUCAGUCCCUUCUAUGCUGGAUUCCAUUUAAAGAAGAUACUAGGGCAGGAAGUGCAAGCAUUUAAACACAUGUAGUUCCCAUGUAUUCAGGAUCUGGGUAUUAAACUAACUCAGAUAUUUUGAAAACUUUCUUUAAGCAGAGGUAAAAUAUCUGUGGUAAGAAGUCUGGGAUUUGUGAUAACUUUGUAGUCAUUUAAAACUUAAGUGCUUUGUGCUUCUCCAAAUGUGGUUAUUCUAAUAAAUGGAGCAAUGAGCCAAAUAAAAGUAGUCCUUUGUUUUUAAUUGA